UAUCCGCUGUCGCAGGCUGCCUCAAGUCUGCCCCGGUCGCGUUCCCUUUAUGAAGCACGCAAGGCAUGCCGAUAUCCUGAGAAGCGCGCCGGAUCGACUCUACAGAUAGACCAGACCCUCAACAUGACGUUAGCAAACCGAGCCUACAAUGCUCGCAUCAUCUCGAGCGUCGCCGCGACCAUCAUAUCGCUGGCCUGCGGGACAAAUGUAAGAAAACCAGCCGGAUUGCCUCGUGCGAGAGUGACGUGGUCGUCGAGGGCAGAGUGUCUAACGGCGGUUGUGCGAUAGUAUGUCUACUCGGCGUGGGCGCCCCAAUUCUCUGACAAGUUGCUCCUGUCCACCACCGAGAGCAAUGUGAUCGGGCUGGCCGGCAACCUGGGCAUGUAUGCGCUGGGCGUGCCCGUCGGCAUGUUCGUCGACAGCAAGGGGCCGCGACCCGCCGUCAUCAUCGGGUCCAUAUUACUCGGUCUAGGCUACUAUCCGUUACACCAGGCGUACGAUGCCGGCCAUGGAUCCGUCCCUUGGAUGUGUUUCGCCCUGUUUCUGACCGGCCUCGGUGGCUGCAUGGCCUUCGCUGCGGCCGUGAAGACGUCGGCUCUGAAUUGGCCGCACCACCGUGGCACCGCCACCGCUCUCCCCCUCGCCGCUUUCGGACUCAGCGCCUUCUUCUUCGCCCUCAUCGGCUCCGUCUUCUUCCCCGGCAGUCCGAGCAAGUUCCUGAUGCUGCUGGCCUACGGCACCUUCAGUCUCACCUUCGUCGGGUUUUUCUUUCUGCGCGUCAUCCCCACCCCCGCGCAUUCGCCGUAUCACGCCGUCCCCGAUGCCGACCCGGGUACGACGGACUCUCGCCAGCUAGGCCGGACCGCGUCGCAAGAGUCGAAACUCCGCGCUGGCCGUGGGCACCCCUCUGAACCUGGUAUGUCUGAUACUGCCGAUGAUAUCAACGCCACCGAAGUGACCGAAGACGCAUUAGACCGAGGGGAUGAGGCGAGCGGGACUCUAGAUCCCUCAAGCCCCAGAGGACCCAGCCGAGUGGUCGACGUCGAAGCAGCAAGGUCGAGCAACCAGGAUGGAACCGAUGAGACAUCUUCCCUCCUGUCCCAGUCUACCCUAUCCUCAUCCUUGCCGGGUGAAGUGUUAGUGCCGAGCAGUAUUGAUUUGGAUCGUUCUCACCGUGUAGAUAUUCGCGGCGUCAACCUGAUGAAGAGCAUCGAGUUCUGGCAGCUGUUUAUCAUAAUGGGCAUACUUUCCGGGAUUGGCCUGAUGACUAUCAAUAACAUCGGCAACGACGUUACGGCGCUCUGGAAGCACUACGACGACUCGAUUGACGACAAGACCCUGGUGCUCCGCCAGCAGUUGCAUGUUUCGAUCCUAUCCGUCUGCAGCUUCGCCGGACGGCUACUCAGCGGCGUAGGCUCCGACUUCUUGGUCAAGGUGCUGCACGCGAGCCGGGUGUGGUGCUUGGUCAUCGCGUCGGGCAUCUUCUCGAUCGCGCAGAUCUGCGCGCUCAAUACUGUGAACCCUCACCUGCUGUCGCUCGUGUCGGGCUUUAGCGGCCUCGGUUACGGCUUCCUGUUCGGGGUGUUCCCGUCGAUCGUGGCCGAGUCGUUCGGCAUCCACGGCCUCAGCCAGAACUGGGGGUUUAUGACUCUGUCGCCCGUCGUGUCGAGCAACAUCUUCAACCUCUUCUACGGCUCCGUAUACGACGCGCACUCGGUCGUCGACGCUGACGGCGUCAGCUCCUGUACCGAGGGCCUCGACUGCUACUGGGCUGCGUACGUUGUUACCCUCGCCGCAUGCGGCCUCGGCCUCGUCGUUACCCUGUGGGUCAUAUGGCACCAGCGGCAGGCGAGACUUAUCGAGUUGGCCGGCAAGCAGCGCGCCCGGGAGUAGCGGUAUAAAUGGUAACACUAACUGGUUUAAGUGGGGGAGAGAACGGGAAAGGAAAUCCCAAAAAUUGGUUCCUUGUGCUUGGCCUCUCCCCCGUCUCGUCUUCUCUAUCGGUAGCUGUCUGUACGAAGAAACGCGGCGGCGGGCGCAGGGUCCCGCGGCUAGUAGAAUCUCGGGGGGUUGGUUUAGAGGAGGGAAUAGAAAGGGGGGAACAUUCGGGAAAGGGGGAAAGUUUUACAAUACUAGGUACGCAAAAGUGGCAACACGCUGGAGAUAAGAUAGAGAGAUACCUACGGUAACUGGCCCGGAUAGUAUUCGCCUCUGUCCUUUUUUUUUCCUCGAGAGAAGUUAUCUCUUUUCCUUCUGUCCUUCG